GGAGGAACGAUGUAGUUCAAGUUCCAGUGGAUGAAGAAGAUAAAUUUCGAACAAAAUGUUGUGUUGUAGCAGCUCUCGAUUCUCUCAUCAGAAUUUGGGGUUAGGAAUUUUCUGUACCGGAAUCUUGCAGCUCUCUUCUUCUUUCAUGAUUAAACUUCCUCACUCCUCCGCCGCCUCCGCCGCGUUUGUUGAUAAUAAUUUUCGUAAUCAUCGGUUUCAUCCCCGAUUAGUUUCUUCAUCCAGUCUUCAGUCCAAAUCCGCCAGCGACAUUCCUUUUCUCCCCAACUCCUUCAGCCAACAAGAAGACAAUCAUGAGAGGCCUUCUGAAGUAUUAUCCGCAGUGGCAGGAGGGAUUGUUGCAUUGGGAAAGUUUGAUGCUCUUCAUAUUGGUCAUAGAGAACUUGCAAUUCAAGCAUCUAAGGUUGGAAAUCCAUAUCUUUUGUCGUUUGUCGGAAUGGCUGAAGUCCUUGGUUGGGAGCCUAGGCCUCCCAUAGUUGCCCGAUGUGAUCGUGAGCGUGUUCUUUCCACUUGGGCUCCGUAUUGUGGUAACGUGGCUCCCAAGGAAUUCCAGGUUCAAUUUACGAGCGUUAGGCAUCUUAGUCCGACGGAGUUUGUGGAGAAGCUAGCAAAGGAGCUGGGAGUUUGUGGAGUUGUAGUGGGUGAAAACUAUCGCUUUGGUUAUAAAGCUGUUGGUGAUGCUUCAGAAUUGAUGAGAUUGUGUGAUGAGUUUGGUAUGAGUGCUUACAUUAUAAUUUCUGUCAUGGACAGGCACCAAGAUGCUAGAAAUAUGAGUCGUUACGAUUUAAAAGACAGGGGGCAAGUAUCGUCUACCCGUGUUCGACGUGCUCUAGCCGAAGGUGACAUGAAAUAUGUGUCGGAGCUUCUAGGUCGCCCACAUCGCUUGUUAUUGAUGGUUAAAGACUGGGAAAACUUUACUAGUACUAGCAGCAAACAAACGGUGUCGGCUCCAAAAUCUUCUUUGCUAAAUCUACCACCAAAAGAUGGUUUUUAUGAUAACUGUGCUCUUUUAUUUGGAGAACAUGAACCAGUAACAUGUAGAGUAUCAAUUGACACGUCGCAUAUCCAUCUAGAGAUGGAUCUAGUAGAUUUUAUUGAUGAUGAUUAUUCUCAAAAUUCUCCGGUAUUGGGCAUUGAAUUUGGCGAAUCGAUAGUUAAUUGUGUUUAGUUUGUCAUCUUUAGUUCAUUUCAGGAAAAUACUUCAUGGCUGAGAACUCUCAUUGAGUAGCUAUGC